CGUGUCUACCCCGGCCAGUCCAUUCAGAAAGCAAUUGAUCGUGCCAAACCUGGUGAUCGCAUCGAGGUCGAAGGCGGAACCUACUAUGAACGCCUCACCAUCACCACCGACGGCAUCCAGCUCGUCGGCAAGAAGGGUGCAACACUGAAGCCUCCCACCAAGGCCAAAAGCAACGUCUGCUCAGGUCUUGCACAGACCCUCGACGGCAAGUCAACCGAAGCGGGCAUCUGUAUUCACGGCAAGGACAUCAAGCUCCUACCCUACGUCUUCGAGCACCGCAAGAUCGAAUCUGUUGGCAAGCCCGUCAAGAACGUCAGCGUCAGUGGCUUCACGAUCAUUGGCUUCGACGGCGAGAAUAUAGCGGCCGUCGGAACCGAGAACGUCAAGGUCUUCCAGAACAAGCUGGUCAACGGCGGACGAUAUGGAUUCCUUUCUGUUGCCGGCAAGGGCAGCCGAGCAUGGGCCAACGACAUCUCGACCGUCGACAUCAACUUCAUCGCCAUGUGCAUGGACGACUACAGUGACGCCGUCUUCUCAGAGAACAAGGUCGACGGAUACUUCACGGGUCUCUGCGCGCAAACACCUGGCGGUGUGUACACUAAGAACACGGUCACCAACGUGUGUGUUGGCAGCGCCGCGGACCCAGGUAUCAAGGGCGCGAAGAUCAUUGACAACUUCUUCAGCACGCGACGAACGGGCUGCGAGAAGAUCUACGGGGCUGGUGUCGUCGUCUUCGGCGCGGUCGAGACCGUCGUCAAGAAGAAUUAUAUCGAGAAGUUCAAGAACGAUGGCUUGGGUGUUGGCAUCUUUUUGACGAACGGAUACUCCGGUGAGGUGGCGACUGGGAAUAUUGUCACGGAGAAUAAGUUGGUUGGCAAUGACUUUGACAUCUAUGAUAACUCAACUGGUGUCAAUACCUUGCAGAAGAAUGUGUGCGCU